AUGAGGACACAAAAUCACCAGCCUCGCGGCCUCGGCGCAACAGCUCUGGCUUUGCUCUCCGCCGCGGCAAUCCUAUCUACACCCACCGCUGCGCAGGACAGCAACAGCAAUUCCACAUCAUCCAAUAACGGCACCUCCGCCUCCACCUCGAAGCGCGGCCUGUCCAUCCACCAGGGCACGUCGACGCAAGACUUCAACAUUUUCCUCCAGGCCGACUCCCCGAUAGCAUGGUACUACACCUGGUCCCCGUGGCCCAACGAGUACAUUGAAAAGGCCGCCGCCACCAACAACAAGAAGAUCGAGUUCAUCCCGCUGCUCCACGGCAUCGACAACCUCGACUCUGACCUCGAGCGCCUGCGCAAGCUCACGCCCGCCCAGUCCCACCGGCUGCUCACCUUCAACGAGCCCGACGGCGAGCCCAGCACCGGCGGCUCCGGCCUGGACCCGCGCGACACCGCGCAGGCCUACGUAGACAAGAUCAUGCCCCUGCGCAAGGGUUCUAGUGAGGGCGGGCGCUGGCUCAUCUCGCAUCCCGUGGUUACCGGCUCGGGGCGGGGCCUGGACUGGCUCCGGGACUUCUGCGACGCGUGCGAGGACAUCAACGGCGACAACGGCGGGUGUCCGACGGACUUUGUCGCCGCGCACUGGUAUGGCGACUUCCUGGGGCUCGAGGGCUGGCUGAAGCAGCUGCGCGAGUUCUACGACGACCCGAAGCACUCGUUCCGUCCUGAUCUCUCGUCUGGCGGUGACGAGAGUAACGAGUUGAGGGUUGGGGCCGGCAGCAAGCGUCGCUCGUUGAACGAGCGGAGGCAGAACAAUGGGGACAGCGGCGGCGGCGGCGGUGGCAGUGGCAACGAGCUCGAGAUCAUCGUCACCGAGAUGGGCCUGCCCCAGCAGGACGCCGAGGCGACGCAGAGCAUGCUCAACCAGACCAUCCCCUAUCUCGACAAGGCCAGCUGGGUGUCGGGAUACUCGUGGUUCGGGCUCUUCCGCGAGGGCAGCGACGACGCGGAGGGCUGGGCCGGCGAGGCCGUGGCCAUGCUCGACGGAGACGGCAAGCUGACUGAGAUUGGCGCCAUGUUUCUCGGCGGGCAAGACGAUGGCUUCACACCUGGCGAGAGCGUCGGCGGGGAUCAGAGCGGUGACGGCAGUGGCGACACCGGGAGCUUGGGAGCUUCGGUCAAGGUCCAGGGGUUGUUGGCCGCAGUCUGUGUCGGAUUUUCUUUGUCCUUGUUGGUGAUUUGA